AUGAAGAGCAAACGAGCGCGAGAUGCGGCCGCCACAGCUGGGGAUGCGCCUCGUGCAGAAAUUCCUCCCGAAAACAAGCGCAAACGAGGCGACCACGACCACGACCACGACCACGACCCCGGUGAGGAAGUAAAACCGAAAAAGGCGAAGCUAGACAAGGCGGAAAAGAGGGGAAAGAGGGGAAAGAAAAAGGAUAAAAAGGAUAAACGGGAGAGCAGGAAAGAGAGGAAAGACAAGCGAAAGAACAUUCAGGAUGUGCCAGAGGAAGACGCCGUCGACCAAGAGACUGGCGCUCCCGCCGACGACCCAAGCACCAGCGACGCGGCCCCGGCGAAAAAGCAGCCCGACAGGACGAAGACGACUUGCAGCGCGACCGCCGUGCCCCAGAGCCAGCCCUCCGACGACCCCGGGGAGCAGGCAUCCGCCAAGAAGCGCGGCAGGAGAGCCAAGCACAACGAAGACGACAGCCGCGCCGGCGAGCCUGCGCCCGAGCCGGCCGAGGGCGACGACGCGGGCAAGGGCAAGCGCUCCCGACACAUUGUGUUUGUGGGCAACCUGCCCUUUUCCGCGACGGCGGAGAGCAUCAAGGCGCACUUUGCGUCCCUGCAGCCCAUUUCGGUGCGGUGCCUCACGAACAGGGACGACGGGAACCCGUGCCGGGGCAUUGCCUUUGUCGAGUUUGCCAACGUGUGGACCAUGCGGACGUGUCUGGACAAGCUGCACCACAGCGUGUUUGAGGACGGCGUCUCGGCGCCCAGGAAGAUCAACGUGGAGCUGACGGCCGGCGGAGGUGGCAAAACCAAGCAUCGACAAGACAGAAUCACGGAGAAGAACAAAAAGCUCGACGAGAACAGGGCACGGCGCAUCGAAAAGGAAAAGGCGGCCAAGCAGCACGGCGGGAGGGCGGGUGAGGCGCAGGACCAGAGCCCGGGGGAGAUUCAUCCCAGUCGGCUGGCUAGGAACCCGCGAUUAGCGAGGUGA